CCCGCCGCCGUCGCCGCCCACUGUCUCCUCCAGCCUCGGGGUCUUGCCCGAUCCAUUCGAACCACCUGACCAACCUCCUUCCUCCUUUGGAUUUCCUCCCGAUUCAACCGGAGUCAACCAGCGCCAGCCACUUCUCGCCAUCGAUCCUUCCCACCAACCAUAGAGCCAGCCCCGCUCCUCGUGCCCGAGGCCUCCCGAGCCGCUCCUCACCGACAACCAGCAGGACCGUCACCUCUGUUUUCCUUUCCAUCCUCCUUUUUUCCCCUGUCUCUCUCUCGCUCGCUCACGCCAUCUCUCUCCUUGUCUUUUCCCUACAGUUGCUUCCCGCACCAUGGCUACAGCCCGAGUCCUCCUGCCUCGCUUGAUCUGGACCAGGAGGGUCCCGGGCAUCUCCACCGUCACCGUCUCAGAAACUGCAGGAGGCAAGCAGCACGCCAUGGCCUCCCCUGCUUGCCGACCACGUUGUUGUCGUCGUCUUCGCGCCCUUGCAGUCCCGGCCUUCCCCGCCGCCUCGUCUGCCUCCCCUGCAUCACACCUCGUCGCCGGGAGCUCGCGCCGAGACCGCCGUCGUCCUCUGCUCGUGAACGAGCUCGACGCCGUCCUCUGCUUCGCCCGCACGAUCCCGCUGCUGCCUGCUUCGCUCCAUCGAGCAGUGCCACCAUCGGAGUUCCUCGUCGCCGGGAACCGCUUCCCCGACCCUCGGACUGCCCAGAUCUGCCGCGCCCGCUGGUCCCCUGCCUCUGCAUCGCGCCUCUGCCCAUUUUCUGCAUCGCCAUGAAACUGCUACUGCUUCUGUUCUUCGUUCUUCAGUAACAAGCAGCAGCAGCUCGCUCGGUAGAGCCGCUCGUUGACCGCGACCUCCAAGGCCCAGCGUCGCCCCCUCCCGGCCUCCCUCUCCACCGACCGGGCCUUGGCCCAUGGUGAGCAGAUCCCCAACGCCCCUCCUCUGUUCCUACUUGGGCUUGGCCUGAUUCUGCUACUGCUGAUGUCCUGCGCCCAGUAGUUUCGGCCCGUGAUGUGUUUUUUCCUUGCAUGCGAAUUUAGACAUUAUCCAGAGACUGCGAGUUUUGCAGAAAAACCCUCUUUGUUCAUGCAUCAAUAAUUCACAAACCGUGCAUCGGAUUAAAAUAAUUUAUAUAUGAAAAAUGCUUAGAAUUGUGUCUAGUUUCAUAAUAUCCAACUUUUAACCAUGUUUAAAAUGUUUAAACUACUGUUUGCAUUUAUUUGCCUUAUUGCCAUGUUAAAAUGAUUUAAUUCAUAACUAAAUAACCGUAGCUCGGUUUUAAAUAAUCUUUAUAUGUAA